UUGGUUGAGGUUGAGGUUGAGGUUGAGCAGUAAGCAGUAACCACUGCAAUAAACAGCAUGACGGAGAAGAAGAGAAACUCUUUAGACUCCGUUGCUUCUCACUGCUGACUUCACUCAUAACACACAGCUUUUCAGAAAUUCGUAAAGCAAGAGAUGCUGCUAAACCACAAUGAUGAUGCAACAGCAGCAACCACUUCACCCUCACCACCACCACCACAACCAGCUCGCCGCCCUUCUCUCCGCCGCCCUCCCCUCCGACGACAACACUCCCACUCCCUCCUCCUCCACCACCUCUGUCUCAUCGGUCGCGCUCCCAGACCCUUCCCCUCGCCUCGCCGCCAUCGCUUCCCUCCACCGCGCCAUCCUCUAUCCUCACAACUCUCUCCUCGUUACUCACUCCGCUCACUUCCUCUCCCAAGGUCUCUCCCAACUUCUCUCCGACAAGUUGUAUGAGGUUCGGCAAGCGGCUGUUGUAGCGUACGGUGCACUAUGUGCAGUGAUCUGUUCGGUUCCCGUGACAUCAAACGGGAGACAGAAUCAUGUUAUACUUGGUGGUUUGGUUGACCGUUUCAUAGGUUGGGCGUUGCCCUUGUUGAGCAAUGUCAACGCCGUUGAUGGGACGAAGGAAUUGGCAUUGGAAGGUUUGCGUGAGUUUCUUAAUGUUGGGGAUAUUGGUGGAGCUGAGAGAUAUGCUUUGCCAAUUCUCAAAGCUUGUCAGGUGCUGCUUGAGGAUGAGAGAACUUCAUUGAGCUUGUUGCAUAGGCUUGUUGGGGUUAUCACUUUGAUAUCAUUAAAGUUCUUGAGGUGCUUUCAGCCUCAUUUCCCUGACAUUGUUGAUUUGCUUCUCGGUUGGGCGUUGGUGCCGGACCUCGCUGAUUCGGAUAGGAAGGUUAUUAUGGAUAGCUUCUUGCAGUUUCAGAAACAUUGGGUGGGUAGUUUGGCGAUGUCAUUGAGGUUGUUGACGAAGUUCUUGGGGGACAUGGAGGCGUUGCUCCAGGACUCCAGUCCUGGAACCCCGCCGCAGUUUAGGAGGCUGCUGGCCUUGCUGUCUUGUUUCUCGACGAUCCUGCAGGCUACGGCUUCCGGGUUACUGGAAAUGAAUCUUCUUGAACAGAUUAGUGAGCCUCUUGUAGGGAUGCUGCCGCGCCUGUUGAGGUGCUUGUCUCUAAUUGGGCAGAAGUUUGGAUGGGCAGAAUGGAUUGAAGAUUCUUGGAAGUGUUUGACACUUUUGGCGGAAAUAUUGCGAGAACGGUUUUCGAGUUUUUAUCCUCUUGCUGUUGAUAUAUUGUUUCAAAGCUUGAAAGUUGGGGCAGCUGCACAACGGGAAGGGUUUAGGAAUAUUACCUCUUUUCAGGUUCAUGGGGUUUUGAAAACAAAUCUUCAGUUGCUAUCACUGCAGAAGCUUGGCCUCCUCCCAUCAUCUGUGCGGAAGUUAUUGCAGUUUGAUGCACCAAUUUCUCAUGUGAGGUUGCAUCCAAAUCAUUUGGUAACUGGAAGUGCUGCUGCUACUUAUAUUUUCUUGCUUCAACAUGGGAAUAAAGAAGUUGUUGAUGAAGCAGUCACCUCGUUGAUCAAUGAGCUGGAACUGUUAAAGGGUGUGAUAGAGGAAAACACUGAUUAUUCUGAUCACUUCAAUUAUGUUAUAUCGUCUAAAACACUAUCAAAAGUUGAACUAUUUGCAAUAAUCAAGUUUGAUUUGAAAGUUCUGUUAGCGUGUGUGUCUUUAGGUGGGGAUAACAGUUUGGUUGGCCAAACAGAAACCACUACGUUGUAUAUUAGGAGGUUAGAAAUGUUGGUGUCCUUUAUUAUGAAAAAGAUGAAUCCUUUUGAAUCACCUAUUCAGGUAUUCAUGGAGUUGCAAUUGGCUGUUUUCAGAACAUUGGAGAGGCUAACAUCGGUUGAGUUCAUAAUUAAUUGCUCCAUAAGAGAACAUAAUUAUGACAAAGUUGCAAUCGAGAAGGGUGACGAUAAAGCUCGUGAUGGGCUUUUGGCUGUGACUUCUGAGCAUUUAGGAAAGUACAGCAUACUUCUUAUAAAAGCUCUUCAUGUUUCAACUCCUCUAGCAGUAAAAUUAGUGGCUCUUGAUUGGGUACAAAGGUUCUGUGAGAAUGUUAUCGCUGUAAACAAGAUCUCAAGCUCAAAAGUACUCUCCUACGGAAUAUGUGGACAUACCGGUGUAAUAAUGAAUGUAGUUUUCUCACUUUUAGGUACUACAAUUGAGAGGGAACCAGAAGUAAGAUCACAUGUUGCUGUAACUUUGGAGAUGUUAAUGCAAGCAAAGCUUUUAAACCCUGUAUGUUCAUAUCCCUUAGCUGAAGCAAUAUUGGAGAAACUUGGUGAUCCAGAUAUAGAUAUACGGGAAGCAUAUGUGAGGCUGCUUGCUUGUAUUUUGCCUACAACUGUUUAUUCAUGUGGUCUCUAUGAUUAUGGGAGAUUUAAGCCUGUUGACCUUGUUUUAGGAAACAGUUCUAAGAUGCACUGGAAACAAUUAUUUGCACUUAAGCAGCUGCCGCUGCAUUUACACUCACAACAGCUUGUGACAAUCUUAAGUUACAUUUCACAAAGAUGGAAGUCCCCUCUGUCUUCUUGGAUUCAGCGGCUAAUUCAUAGUUGCCGGAGUUCUAAGGAUGCUAUUUCCAGUCAGCCUGAAGAAACAGGAAAUGUUGGUUCAAAUUCUCCAUGGUUGGAUAUACAAGUGGAUGAAGACAUACUUGAAAGAAUCUGUGCUGUCAAUAAUUUAGCUGGUGCCUGGUGGGCUGUUCAAGAAGCAGCUCGAUACUGUAUUGCAACACGGCUUCGGACUAAUCUUGGUGGGCCUACCCAAACAUUUGCUGCUCUUGAACGCAUGCUCUUGGACAUUGCACACCUUUUACAGCUUGACAAUGAACAAAAUGAUGGGAACUUAAGUAUGAUCGGGUCUUCUGGUGCUCAUUUGUUACCAAUGAGACUGCUGUUGGAUUUUGUUGAGGCUCUAAAGAAAUAUGUAUACAAUGCAUAUGAGGGUUCUGUCAUUUUACCACCUGCAACUCGUCAGAGUUCUUUAUUCUUUCGAGCAAACAAAAAAGUAUGUGAGGAUUGGUUUUCUCGUAUAUGUGAACCAAUGAUGAAUGCUGGAUUGGCUUUGCAUUGCAAUGAUGCUGUUAUUCAAUACUGCACGCAUCGCUUGCAGGAGUUCAAGAAUCUCACCAUGUCAUAUGUGAAGGAAAAAUCAAGGCCUUCAGUGACUGAUACCCACAAUAUUAGAGGCAGGUACAGAGCAGAUAUCUUAAAAGUUUUAAGACAUCUUUCAUUUGCCCUUUGCAAGAAUUCUGAACCAGAUUCUUUGACCGGCUUACGAAAAUGGGUGUCAAUUACUUUCUCCUCCAUACUUGGUGAGGAAAAUCAAUCCUUCAAUGAGUAUGGAACUGUUGGACCAGUCUCAUGGAUAAGUGGGCUUGUAUAUCAGGCAAGAGGAGAGUAUGAAAAUGCUGCUGCUCACUUCACUCACAUGCUACAAACUGAAGAGUCACUCAGUACCCUUGGUUCGGAUGGUAUACAGUUUGUUAUUUCACGUGUGAUUGAGAGUUAUGUAGCUGUAUGUGACUGGAAAUCUCUUGAGACCUGGCUACUAGAGCUGCAAAUGCUUCGUGCUAAGCAUGCUGGUAAAGGUUAUUCUGGUGCUCUGACAAUGGCAGGCAAUGAAGUUAAUGCAAUCCAUGCAUUAGCACGUUUUGACGAGGGUGAUUAUCAGGGUGCUUGGUCAUGCCUUGAUUUGACGCCUAAAAGUAACAGUGAGCUGACCCUUGACCCAAAAAUAGCCUUGCAGCGGAGUGAACAAAUGCUUUUACAAUCACUCCAGCUGCAUUGCAUUUUCCUAUUAGAAGAGGAUUGCAAGCUUAAAUCAACCCCUGAGAAGGGAAAACAACUUCAAUCAGUAUUAAAUUCUCUUCAGCCGGUGUCAUCUAUUAGUAAUAUCCGUCAAGAUUGUAAUCCAUGGCUGAAAGUUCUACGUGUUUAUCAAAACAUUUCGCCGACUUCUCCAGUUACUCUAAAAUUCUGCAUGAAUUUGCUAAAUUUAGCUCGUAAACAGAGAAACCUCUUGUUGGCAAAUCGUCUGAAUUGCUAUCUCAAGGAUCAUGUAGCUGUUUGCUCUGAGGAGAGGCAACGUGAUCUUCUUGUCUUAAAUUUGCAGUAUGAGAGCAUUUUACUUUUGCAUGCUGAAAACAAAUUUGAAGAAGCCAUAACAAACCUUUGGUCAUUAUUGCUUCCUUGCAUGGUUUCUUCGGCAUCUAGAAUCUCUGAAGCUGAUGAGAGAAUUCUGAAGGCCAAAGCAUGCUUGAAACUCUCAGAUUGGUUAAGACGGGAUUAUUCAGAUUGGAGUCCAGAGAGUAUCGUUCUUAAGAUGCCAGCAGAUUUUUAUAAUGCUGAAUCAGUUUCACCAACCAAAGGCAGUAGUGAAGAACAUACCAAUCGUCAACAAUAUCUGGGUCUCAUUACCGAGGAAAUUAUUGGUACAGCAACAAAAUUUUCUACUCGUAUUUGCCCUACCAUGGGCAAGUCAUGGAUUUCCUAUGCUUCUUGGUGCUUUAACCAAGCCAAAGAGUCACUCCUUGGUCAAAGCGAAACUACUCUCCAUGCAUGCUUGUUUUCUCCCAUACUUGCUCCAGAAAUCUCACCAGAGAGAUUCAAGUUGACUGGAGAUGAGGUGCAAAGAGUUAAAUCGUUGGUUGUGAGUCUUUUUCAGGGAAAUGGUGACAUGAAAGGUCUCAUAGAUCAAUUGGAAGAGGGAAGUCUUUUGCUUGAUUCAGCAGAGCGCAGAAGUAAUGGCAAUCCUCUGUUGACACUGGUUUGGAACAUGGUGAAUAUUAUUGAAACUGCUGCAGGAGCACCAGGUGCAGAAAACUCUGGUGGUGAACGUCUUUCUGCUGUGUUAUCUUCUCAAUUGAGGAUCUGUUUGCUGCAUGCAAAUCUUGGACUGGAAGAAUCUGACAUAAUAUCUGUGUUGGAAGACAUAAUUGACAUUUGGUGGUCUUUGAGGAGGAGAAGAGUAUCCCUGUUUGGACACGCAGCUCAUGGUUACAUGCAGUAUCUUUCAUUUUCAUCUUCGCAACUUUCCCAUUGUCGGAUGCGUGGUUCUGAUUAUGAACCUGUGAAGGAUAAAGUUGGCAGCUACACCCUGAGGGCUACACUCUAUAUAUUGCAUAUACUUCUUAAUUAUGGUGUGGAAUUGAAAGAUACUUUAGAGUCUGCUCUUUCAAUUGUUCCUUUGUUGCCAUGGCAGGAAGUUACCCCUCAACUAUUUGCAAGGAUAAGCUCUCAUCAUGAACAAGUUGUACGGAAGCAGCUGGAAGGUUUACUGAUGAUGUUGGCCAAGCAAUCACCCUGUUCCAUAGUGUAUCCAACACUAGUUGAUGUUAAUGCUUAUGACGGAAAACCUUCAGAAGAGCUUCAUCAUGUGCUGGGUUGUCUGAGGGAGCUUUACCCUAGGUUGGUUCAGGAUGUUCAGUUGAUGAUAAAUGAACUUGGAAAUGUUACUGUUCUCUGGGAGGAAUUAUGGCUCAGCACUCUUCAGGAUCUUCACACAGAUGUGAUGAGGCGAAUAAAUGUGCUGAAAGAGGAGGCUGCAAGAAUUGCAGAAAAUGUCACGCUUAGUCAGAAUGAGAAAAACAAGAUAAAUUCUGCACGUUAUUCUGCAAUGAUGGCUCCAAUAGUUGUCGCACUGGAACGCCGUUUAGCUUCAACUUCCCGAAAACCCGGGACUCCUCAUGAAGCAUGGUUCCAGGAAGAGUAUACAGAUCAAUUAAAAUCAGCUAUUGUAUCCUUUAAGACACCUCCAGCUUCGUCUGCGGCUUUAGGAGAUGUAUGGCGACCUUUUGAUAGUAUUGCCGCAUCCUUGGCUUCAUACCAGAGGAAGUCUUCAGUUUCCUUACAGGAAGUUGCACCUCACUUGGCGAUGUUAUCAUCUUCCGACGUUCCAAUGCCAGGUCUUGAAAAACAAAUGAAAAUUCCAGAGUCUAACAAAGCAACUGAUCUCCAAGGUGCUGUUACAAUUGCUUCUUUCCAUGAACAAGUCACCAUCUUAUCAACAAAGACCAAGCCUAAGAAACUUGGUAUACUUGGUUCAGAUGGUCAGAAGUAUACAUAUCUUCUUAAAGGACGAGAAGAUUUACGCCUUGAUGCUAGAAUUAUGCAACUACUGCAGGCUAUAAAUGGUUUUCUACAUUCUUCUUCUUCUACAUAUGGUAACUCUCUCGGUAUUCGCUAUUAUUCUGUAACUCCAAUCAGUGGGCGGGCUGGCUUGAUCCAGUGGGUGGAUAAUGUAAUAAGUAUAUACAGCGUAUUUAAAUCUUGGCAAACUCGUGUCCAGCUAGCACAGUUUUCAGCAGUAGGCACAGCAAAUACAAAAUCCUCAGCUCCUCCACCUGUUCCCCGUCCUAGUGAUAUGUUUUAUGGGAAGAUCAUACCAGCACUUAAAGAGAAAGGUAUUAAGAGAGUGAUUUCUAGAAGGGAUUGGCCUCAUGAAGUAAAAUGUAAAGUUCUUCUUGAUCUCAUGAAGGAGGUGCCAAGACAUCUUCUUUACCAAGAGCUAUGGUGUUCUAGCGAAGGAUAUAAAGCGUUCAGCUCCAAGAUGAAGAGGUAUUCUUGUAGUGUUGCUGCAAUGAGUAUGGUUGGUCAUGUUUUGGGACUUGGCGACAGACAUUUAGACAACAUUCUGAUAGAUUUUUGUAGCGGGGAUGUUGUACAUAUUGAUUACAAUGUGUGUUUUGAUAAGGGACAGAGAUUGAAAGUUCCAGAGAUUGUUCCGUUCCGCCUUACCCAAAUGAUCGAAGCAGCUUUAGGGAUGACUGGAAUAGAAGGUAGCUUCAGAGCAAACUGUGAGAGAGUUGUGGGAACUUUAAGGAAGAACAAGGACAUACUUCUGAUGUUAUUAGAAGUGUUUGUUUGGGACCCACUUGUGGAGUGGACAAGGGGUGAUUUUCAUGAUGAAGCUGCUAUUGGCGGUGAAGAAAGAAAAGGCAUGGAGUUGGCUGUCAGCUUGAGUCUAUUUGCAUCUCGAGUGCAGGAAAUUCGAGUUCCCUUACAGGAGCACCAUGAUCAGUUGUUGACCAAUCUGCCAGCUGUUGAAUCUGCUCUCGAGAGGUUUGCUGAUGUUCUAAAUCACUACGAGCUUGCCUCUACUCUAUACUGUCGAGCUGAUCAGGAGAGAUCUAGCCUUAUAUUGCAUGAGACUUCAGCUAAGUCAAUUGUUGCUGAAGCAACCUGCAGUUUAGAGAAAAUUCGAGCUUCGUUUGAAAUUCAGGCACGGGAAUUUGCUCAAGCAAAGGCAAUGGUUGUAGAGAAAGCUCAGGAGGCAAUGACUUGGGCUGAGCAGCAUGGAAGAGUUCUUGAUGCUUUACGAUGUGAUUUAUUGCCAGAAAUAAGUACUCGCUUUAAGCUGAGUAACAUGGAAGUAGGCUUAUCUCUUACAUCUGCAGUUACUGUAGCAGGCGUUCCUCUAACUGUUGUUCCUGAGCCCACUCAAGUACAAUGCUAUGAUAUAGACAGGGAAGUAUCUCAAUUCAUAGCUGAGUUGGAUGAUGGCCUUACUUCUGCUGUAACUUCUCUGCAAGCAUAUUCCUUGGCUCUGCAAAGAAUUCUACCAUUAAAUUAUCUUUCAACAAGUGCAGUCCAUAGCUGGGCACAAGUUCUGCAACUAUCUAUCAAUACCCUGUCAUCUGAGAUUCUCUCCCUUGCCAGAAGGCAGGCUUCUGAACUUUUGGCAAAAUUUCAUGGAGAUAGCACGGAUUCCAUCAAAAGCAAUCAUGAUGAACUUUGUUUCAGGGUGGAGAAGUAUGCUGUAGAAAUAGAAAAAUUGGAAAAAGAGUGUGCUGAGGUAGAGAGUUCUAUUGGCUUGGAGUCAGAAUUGAAAACUAAGGAUCACCUGUUGUCAGCUUUUAUGAAACUUAUGCACUCCGCUGGAAUUUUACGAAAGGAAGGCGGAUUAUCAACUGCUCAAUCAAGACAAGAUGGGGCAAACAAUACUAGACUUUUAGGUGAACUAGGAGAGGAGAAGGAGAAUGCACUAUCAAUUCUGAAUAUUGCUACAAGUUCACUUUAUGGUCAGGUUAAGCAUAGAAUACUCAAUAUAUAUGGUGACUUAUCCGGGGGACAAAAUCAACACAACAUGUUGCAGACUGACAAUGGAACUACUUUUGCCGAGUUUGAAGAACAAGUUGAAAAAUGUAAUCUUCUGACAGAAUUUUUCAAAGAUUUGUGGCAAUUUAUUGGAAAGGAGAUCCCUUCUGCUGAUGCCAACAAAUUUCAUUUGAAAUUUUCUUCUGACAGUAAUUGGGUCUCAAUUUUCAAAGCCAUUUUGAUUUCCUGUAAGGAAUUGAUUAGUCAAAUGACUGAAGUUGUUCUGCCAGAGGUAAUACGAUCUGCUGUCUCAAUAAACUCGGAAGUUAUGGAUGCAUUUGGGUUAAUCUCACAAGUUCGAGGGUCUAUAGAAACUGCAGUGGAGCAGCUUGUGGAGGUCGAAAUGGAGAGAGCAUCACUGGUUGAGCUUGAGCAGAACUAUUUUGUUAAGGUCGGUCUUAUUACUGAACAGCAACUGGCUCUUGAAGAAGCUGCGGUUAAGGGAAGAGAUCAUCUUUCUUGGGAAGAGGCAGAGGAACUUGCAUCGCAAGAGGAAGCUUGUAGAGCACAACUGGAUCAACUUCAUCAAACUUGGAAUCAGAGGGAUGUAAGGACUUCUUCUCUUAUGAAGAGAGAAGCUGAUAUAAAAAAUGCCUUAGUUUCCGUGAAUCGUCAAUUUCAGUCUCUUGUUGGUAUGGGAGAAGAAAGGGAACUACAUAUUUUGAGAAGCAAAGCACUAUUGGCUGCACUUGUUAGGCCCUUCAUGGAAUUGGAAUCCAGUGAUAAGAUGCUGUCUCUGGUUGAUGUUUCUGUUACAAUGACCUCAAGUAAAUUUCAUACUCUGGCAGAUUUGAUAAAUUCUGGAAAUUCUAUAUCAGAGUAUGUAUGGAAGGUUGGAGGCUUAUUGGAUGACCAUUCCUUCUUUAUUUGGAAAAUAGGUGUUAUGGAUUCUUUUCUUGACACAUGCAUACAUGAUGUAGCUUCCUCAGUUGAGCAAAAUCUUGGCUUUGACCAGUCACUAAACUUCAUGAAGAAGAAACUUGAAAUCCAACUACAGAAACACAUUGGUCACUAUUUGAUAGAAAGGGUUGCUCCUAGUUUCCUGGCUUGUUUGGACAAAGAAGACGAGCACUUGAAGCAAUUAACAGAGUCAUCAAAGGAACUUGCCUUAGAUCCAAUGAAAAAAGGUGCACCUGUGAAAAAGGUUUUGGUUAUGCUUGAAGAAUAUUGUAAUGCACAUGAAACUGCUAGAGCAGCAAAAUCAGCUGCAUCUCUCAUGAAAAGACAAGUGAAUGACUUGAAAGAAGCUCUCAGGAAGAAUGCCCUUGAGGUAGUUCAGAUGGAAUGGAUGCAUGAUGUUAAUUUGAACCCAUCUUAUAGCAGAAGAAUCAGAUUUGAGAAAUAUCUAGAUACCGAUGACAGCUUGUAUGCAAUCAUUUUAAACCUCAGCAGAUCUAAAUUAUUGGAAAAUAUACAGUCUUCUGUUUCGAAAAUCAUGAGGUCAGUUGAUUGCCUUCAGACCAGUGAACGGACUUCCCUUGUAGCUGAAGGACAGCUUGAAAGAGCAAUGAGUUGGGCUUGUGGUGGUCCAAAUUCUAGUACUUCUGGGAACACAUCUAAAAAUUCAGGAAUUCCUCCCGAGUUUCAUGAACAUAUUACGGCCCGGAGGCAGAUCUUAUGGGAAUUUAAAGAAAAGGCGUCUAACAUUGUAAAGUUAUGUAUGUCUGUAUUAGAAUUCGAAGCAUCAAGAGAUGGGUAUUUGCUUAUACCUGGCCAGCCAUACCCUUUCAGGAGUGGUGUUGAUGGGAAAACAUGGCAGCAGGUGUACUUGAAUUCUCUUACAAGACUGGAUGUUACUUUCCAUUCUUAUACACGUUCUGAACAAGAGUGGAAGCUUGCACAAGGCACUAUGGAAGCUGCUUCUAAAGGAUUAUACACUGCAACUAAUGAACUCUGUGUUGCCUCUCUGAAAGCAAAGUCAGCUUCGGGUGAUUUACAAAGCACUGUUCUUUCAAUGAGGGAUUGUGCGUAUGAGGCUAGUGUUGCACUGUCUGCUUUUGCUCGGGUUUCAAGGAUCCAUACUGCUUUGACUUCUGAAUGUGGUUCUAUGCUUGAGGAGGUUCUAGCAAUAACUGAAGAUAUACAUGAUGUCUUCAAUCUGGGGAAAGAGGCUGCUGCUAUACAUCUUUCUCUAAUGGAAGAUCUGUCAAAGGCAAAUGCCACACUUCUUCCGCUUGAAUCAGUGUUGUCCAAGGAUGUAGCUGCUAUGACUGAGAACUUUAAGCCUUUGGUGCCAUCCCUGACAUCAGCUGUAAAGGGACUGUAUUCAUUGCUGACUAGACUGGCAAGGACUGCUAGUCUUCAUGCUGGCAAUCUGCACAAAGCUCUUGAAGGAAUAGGAGAAAGUGAGGAAGUGAAAUCACAGGAUGUUACUUUGUCAAGAUCAGAUGGUGGUGGUGGGGAUGCUGUCGAAUUUGAUGGCAAAGAAGGGGAGAGUCUUUCAGGUUCCGAUGUUUGGGACAACAAAGAUUCUAGUGAAUUUUCUCAAAUUUCUUUGGAAGAUAAAGGAUGGUUAUCACCACCAGAUAGCAUCUGUUCUAGCAGCUCAGAAUCUGACAUUACCUCAGCUGAAGUUAGUCUCCCUGAUAGCUUCAAUGAUUCUGCAGAAAAUAAAGACCUGCUUUCGCAGGGAUCUAAUAGCGGAAACCCGUCUGGUUUUGUACAUUCUACUCCACUGUCUCCAACUGAUAUUGAAGAAGUAUCUCCUUUUGUAAUCUCAGAACCUUAUCCCAUACAUGCUGAUGUCAAUCAUUCUAGUCCCUUGAAGUACACCCUAACUGAUGACGGCACUGAUCAUUCCCAGGCUAUAGCUUUGCCAAGUGACAAAUCAGUUGCCUUACCUGAUGGCUCCCAGAAUCCAUCAAGUGAGAACUUACGAAAGUCUGAGGGUGAGGAUGAACUGGUCUCUACCAGUAAAGCUAAGAAUGAAGCUGAACAACGUGAAGCUCCUGAUCCUAACACGAAUGCCAGUAGUCGAGUAGGAAGGGGUAAAAAUGCUUAUGCAUUGUCAGUACUGAGGCGGGUUGAGAUGAAAAUUGAUGGUCGAGAUAUUUCUGAUAAAAGAGAAAUGGGUAUCUCAGAGCAAGUAGAUUAUCUGCUCAAGCAAGCUACUAGUGUAGAUAAUCUAUGCAACAUGUAUGAAGGUUGGACACCAUGGAUUUGAAGUUUCAGAGACUAGAGCGUCUUACAUUCGAGUCCCAUCAGGUUGGCCAUGGCGAGGAAUAGCCAAAUAGGCCCUUUUGGCCUGCCACUAUUUCCUUGUGAUAAGGGAGCCACCACAGUGAUGGUUUUGCAGGUCAAAUUUGUCUGGCACAACCGCGUAAUCGAAAAUCUGCCAUUGGCAUUGAUUACUACUGCUAUUUAUCCAUGGCCUCUGUAUUCUGUUAAAGCCUUUGCCAUUCAAUUUGGCUGCUGCAUUUUCCGGGCAGAGUUUUCAUUUCACACCUUGCAUGUGCCAUUCCAUACAUGCCACAAAGAAGUUCAAGGCUCAAAGUUGGUCUAAUGGGAGAUGAGAAAGGAUCACUAAUUCACCAUGCCUGCUCUUCUGUUAAACGUCUGAUACUCGAAUCGCCGUAUUGAUCGGGGACUACAUUUCGGAUCCUUAGCUCUUCCAAGGCUGAAAGAAUACAAAGGAUUGCUGCAUUGCCUAGUGAUUGAGGAGUAUAUUUAUCCAUGCUGAAUGUUUCUGAGUAGCUGGAUUAUGCAAUGCACUGGUUCUAGCUGGAGCUAUGGUGUACAUAUACAUACAUGUAUCAUUUAGAAUUUAGAUGUAGAGGUUAAGCUUCACAAUGCUGGUGUAUUCAUUAUUCACUGGGGGAUACAUUAUUCUAUGUUUUAGUAACUUGCAUCAAUUAUUAUUAUUAUUAUUAGAGUGAAA